UCAGCCCAGGCUCGCCUAGAUCGGCUGUGUGCGCGUGGAGGGGCUCCCCCGGAGGCGCGCGCGCCGGCCCGCCUCGGCACCAGUGGGCUCCAGCAUGGAGGGGGCGGCGGCGCUCCCCGCGGGGCGGACGGGUUCGGGAACCCUGCCAGUCACCGGGGAGAACGGCGGCGGAGAGACCUAUCCCCGAGAAAGGAAGGUUUACAUGGAUUAUAAUGCUACGACGCCUCUGGAGCCGGAGGUCAUCCAGGUGGUGACGGAGGCCAUGCAGGAAGCCUGGGGGAAUCCCAGCAGCCCCUACCUGGCAGGCAGAAAAGCCAAGGAUAUGAUCAAUGUAGCCCGAGAAAACUUGGCAAAGAUGGUUGGUGGAAAAUCUCAGGAUAUAAUCUUCACUUCAGGGGGAACAGAGGCAAACAACUUGGUGAUCCACUCCACCAUGAAGCUGUUCCAAGAAAGCCAGCGGUCCAAAGGGGCCUGGCUGGCCGAGCAGCAAGCUGGCCUGGUCAGCAGGGCCAAGCCCCACUUCAUCACGUGUACCGUGGAGCACGACUCGAUCCGCCUGCCCCUGGAGCAGCUGGUGAAAGAGGGCGUGGCCGAAGUCUCCUUUGUCCCCGUGUCUAAGCUGAGCGGCCGGGCAGAAGCCGACGAUGUCCUUGCGGCCGUCCGACCCACCACCCGCCUGGUGACCAUCAUGCUGGCCAACAACGAGACCGGAGUUAUCAUGCCCAUCCCUGAAAUCAGCCGCCGGAUCAAAGCCCUGAACCAGACUCGGGCGGCCUCGGGGCUGCCGGCCGUUCUCGUGCACACGGACGCGGCCCAGGCUUUGGGGAAGAGGCGCGUGGACGUGCAGGACUUGGGGGUGGAUUAUCUAACCAUUGUGGGCCACAAGUUCUACGGGCCCCGGAUCGGAGCACUGUACGUGCGCGGCCUGGGCGUUGUCACCCCGCUGCACCCCAUGCUGUUUGGAGGCGGCCAGGAGGGGAACUUCCGACCAGGGACUGAGAACACCCCCAUGAUUGCUGGGCUCGGAAAGGCGGCCGAGCUGGUGAAUAAGAACUGCGACGUUUACGAGGCCCACAUGAGGAAGAUGCGGGAUUACCUGGAGGGCAGGUUACAGGCUGUGUUUGCAAAGAGGCUCCACCUGAACAGCCUGUUCCCGGGCUCUGAGCGUCUCGCCAACACCUGUAACUUCUCCAUCAGCGGCCCGCAGCUGCAAGGCCGGCUGGUGCUGUCUCACUGCAGGAUGCUCCUGGCCAGCGUGGGGGCCGCUUGUCACCAGAGCGACCUCCCGUCGCCCAUCCUGCUGAGUUGCGGCAUCGCCCCCGACGUGGCCCGCAAUGCCGUCCGGCUCAGCGUGGGCCGGACCACCACCAAGGAAGAGGUGGACCUUGCAGUGGAGGACCUGAAGCAGGCGGUCGCUCAGCUGGAAAAGAGUCUAAGCUCGUAGAAGAUGGCGCAGCUCCGCCAUGGGGAAGACCGUGGAGAGGAGCCCCGUCUUCCCUUGGGAUGAGGGCAGGGGUCCCACCACAGUGAAGGAAAGCUGCUCCGACCCAUAGGAAACUCCACGGCCAGUCCUGGCGUCGCUAACGUGGAAGACUUUAGGAAAUAUUUUAUUUAAUCUGGAGGAAGAAAUCUAGGAUAAUCGGAUAUUUUUAAUUUUGCAUCCGACAUAUGAUGAUGUAGGAAUUGGGACCGAUGUGUGAAUGUCCAGGAAGGCUCUGUGCUGGGGGGUUACCUUUUCUUACAGGAAAGAAGGAGGGGGACCCGCAGGUGGGCUUCCCACAGACAGAACCAGGGCCUGCCAGGCUUUUCUAUGGAGGGAGAUCUAACCCAGAUCAGGAAGCCCCCUCAGGAGCAAUUGGGUGGAGAUGGAGGCGAUUGGAGAGGAAGGAAGGAGGCGGCCGGAGUCCCUCACGGGCCACCCUGUCGGCAGCAGGGCUUUGGCGGCCUGCCGUCCCACGAUGAAUUUGCACAGCAAUAUCGGAUAAUUGAUUUUUUAAUAAUUUCAAGUCCAUAAAAUCUUAGUUUGGAAUAAAACUCAAGAUGUAAAUUUAAUUAGUUCAGUCCUAGUAAGGUGCACCUUGGGAGCCGGAUAGGAUAUUAUCUGUUUUAUUUCCAUGUUCAGGUUAUAAAUGUCAUUUUCAUAGGAAGGUCUUCAGUUUCAGGAACAUAAUGCUUAAAGGUUUGUAAAUCUGCACUCAAAAAGAAAAGUAAUUUUUAAAUCCGAGGAAGAGAAACUUCUCAACAUAUGCCGGAUCUGUUCCCCUUCUGGGGUCAACUGAUGUUCCCUGUUUUGGGGAAUGGCAGUUGUACUUGACGCUGCUUCUACUAUAUACCCCAGAGCCCCCCACUAACAGCCAGUGGCAACAAGGGUUUUCUUCAGGGGAGACGACCCAGCCUGGUGAGGUUGCCCUACAUCUGGGGAAGGGCCAGCGGUUGGGGAUUGACCACAGCUGUGCCGGUGCUUUGGCCGGGGUCUCUGAAAUAUCUUCUGGCUUAGACACCAAAGACUGAGAAUCUAAAUAGGAAUGGUUUUUAACAGAUUGUCUCUAUUUUAAUUGUGCCAAAUUUGCUCAUUACCUACGAAAACCUCGGUGUUUUCAGCUAAUAAAGUAUUUUUAUGCUAA